AUGGAAAAUAUUGUUCUGGGGGAAAGUUUGUUUUUAUUCCUUUUCCAGAUCAUCUUCUACGAGGAAAGAAAUUUCCAGGGUCGAUUCCACGAGUGCGACAAUGACUCGAGCGACCUGCACGCGCACUUCAGCCACUGCAACUCCAUCAGGGUGGAGGGAGGAUUCUGGGUAAUCUACGAGAGACCAAACUACAUGGGCUACCAGUAUGUGCUGAGCCCCGGAGAGUAUCCAGACUACCAGCAAUGGCUGGGAAUCAAUGACAACAUCAGGUCCUGCCGCCUUAUUAGAAAUGUGGGGAAUACGUGGAGGCUGAUGGUGUGGGAGAGGCCGAACUUCGAAGGCCAGUCGAUGGAGGUGGCAGACAACAUGCCUGUCUUCCACGAGCGCUGGCACAGUCACGACGUCCACUCCUGCAAGGUGUACGAGGGAGCCUGGAUCUUCUUUGAACAUCCCAACUACAGGGGACGCCAGUACCUGCUGGAGAGGGGCGAGUACAGACGGUACUCUGAGUGGGGGGCCAUGCAGCCCACUGUCGGUUCCAUCCGCCGGGUCAAGGAAUACUAG